UUGCAAAACGGUCAGACUUCUCAGCCGCAACAAAAUAAAGGAGGAAAAAAGGCGAAUUGGGUGGAAAACUGGAUUUUGUGGGGCAUAAAGUUCUACUUUUGUGUUUCUAAAGCCGCUAAUAAAUUUAGAAUCAUGAAAUUUCUGAAUAAACAGUGAAAAGAAGUCUUUAAAAAGGAUUUAAAAAGGAAACUUGCUCGGUGUGUGUGUCCAGUGAGUGUGGUUGUGUGUGAAGGAGGAGGAGAGCAGAGUUUUUCGCAGGGAAAUUACGGCAACUUUGUGGGAGUUCAAGUCUGUUAGUGUGGUGUGUGUGUGUGUAUGUGCAACACCCCCCAAGCCCACGCACACAUAGCCAGCCAACCGCCGUUUGUUUUGUGCUCACAUUCGCGUGCCGCCUUUGUUUGGGUUUCUCUUCCCUCCCUUUCGUCCCGUGUUUUACUCCGCCGGCUUUGAUUACGAUUACGCCUGCUCCCAAAGGCACUCUCAUCCCGAUCCCCGUUCCGGAUCCGCAUCCAUAUCCGAAUCCGGAUCCAGCAACAACGCCGCCGUGGAUGCCCAUGCACGUUCUCUGGGCCUCGCCCAGGAAUUCGGAAUGGGCGGCGGCCCAGGGGCGGGUCCGUCCGCCCACAUGUACGGCGCCGUAGCCCCACAGGACAUAAUUGUCCGGGACAUGGUGCAAAUGCCGCCUCCGCCUCCCUCAAACGCCCCCACAUCGGCAGACGCUUGCCUGAGCAUCGUCCACUCGUUGAUGUGCCACCGACAGGGCGGAGAGAGUGAGGGAUUCGCCAAGCGGGCCAUCGAGUCGCUGGUCAAGAAGCUCAAGGAGAAGCGCGACGAACUGGACUCCCUGAUCACGGCCAUCACCACAAAUGGAGCCCAUCCCAGCAAGUGCGUGACCAUUCAGCGCACCCUCGACGGUCGACUGCAGGUCGCCGGUCGCAAGGGCUUUCCGCACGUGAUAUAUGCCCGGAUUUGGCGCUGGCCGGACCUGCACAAAAACGAGCUCAAGCACGUUAAGUACUGCGCCUUCGCCUUCGAUCUCAAGUGUGACUCGGUGUGCGUGAAUCCCUACCACUACGAGCGAGUCGUGUCCCCGGGCAUCGACCUGUCCGGUUUGAGCUUGCAGUCAGGUCCCAGUCGCCUUGUGAAGGACGAAUACUCAGCGGGUCCGCUGGUGGGCGGCAUGGACAUAGAUGGCAACGACAUCGGCACUAUACAACACCACCCCACGCAAAUGGUGGGUCCUGGCGGCUACGGAUAUCCACAGGGACCGGCUGAAUAUGUUGGCGAAGCCAAUCCCAUGAGUGCAAUGUUUCCCAGCGGCCGCACAAUACCUAAAAUUGAGCCGCAGGAUGGUGUAGCUGGGUCUCGCAGCUCCUGGAUGGUGCCACCUCCCCCGCGGCUCGGUCAGCCCCCACAACACCAGCCGCAGCCACAACCACCCCCUCAGCCCCCGCAGCAGCAGCCCCAAUCACAGGCAGCUGCUCAUCCGCUUUCCGUACCUCAUGGAAUGUCGGGCAUGCCUGGCCCCAUGAAUCCUGGUCCCGUGAUGGCUCCUCCACCGCCGCCGCAGCAGGCUCAGAAUCCCCAGGGCAAUGGGGUACACCAUACGCAGGCGAAUUCUCCCACUGAUCCCUCCUCCGCUCUGGCCAUGCAACAGCAGCAGCAACAACAGCAGCAGCAGCAACAACAACAGCAACAGCAGGCGGGUGGAGUACCCAAUGGAGCAGUCAGUGCCGGCGGUGGCACCGCUACUGGAGGUCAGUACUAUGGACAGCCACCUGGAAGUCAGAUGCAAGGUUCCGGUGCAGGUAUAUCGAAUAGUACGCCCGUCCAUGCCCAGCAGAAUGGCUAUGUAUCACAGGCGGGAUCCGCGGUCACAGCCCCCGUUGGAGGGGGCGGAGUCUUUGGUGCAGCUCAGCCCACCGCGCAACAGCAACAGCAGCCUCCAACCGGAGUGCAGGCCAAUGCUGGAUCUGCUGGGAGUCAGGCCGGCGGAGGAGGCGGUGCGGCUGGCACCUGGACAGGACCUAACACCCUCACAUACACCCAGUCCAUGCAGCCCCCCGAUCCGCGUUCUUUACCGGGAGGAUUCUGGAACUCAUCGCUGCCGGGUGACCUUGGCUCCCCGCAACAGACGCCUCCGCAGCAGCAACAACAGCAGCAACAGCCACGACUCCUGUCGCGCCAACCACCUCCGGAAUACUGGUGCUCCAUCGCCUACUUCGAGCUGGAUACCCAGGUGGGCGAGACGUUCAAGGUGCCCUCGGCCAAACCGAAUGUCAUUAUCGAUGGCUAUGUGGAUCCCUCGGGAGGCAAUCGAUUCUGCCUGGGCGCACUCAGCAAUGUUCAUCGCACCGAGCAGUCGGAACGUGCCAGGCUGCACAUCGGCAAGGGCGUGCAGUUGGAUCUGCGUGGUGAGGGCGACGUAUGGCUACGCUGCCUCAGCGACAACUCUGUGUUCGUACAAAGCUAUUACCUGGAUCGCGAGGCGGGACGCACACCUGGCGAUGCAGUGCACAAGAUCUACCCGGCGGCGUGUAUUAAGGUGUUUGACUUGCGCCAGUGCCACCAGCAGAUGCACUCGCUGGCCACCAAUGCUCAGGCAGCUGCAGCAGCUCAGGCGGCAGCCGUGGCCGGAGUAGCCAAUCAGCAGAUGGGCGGAGGCGGCAGGAGCAUGACUGCAGCGGCUGGCAUUGGCGUAGACGAUUUGCGCCGACUGUGCAUCCUGCGACUGAGCUUCGUCAAGGGCUGGGGACCUGACUACCCACGCCAGUCGAUCAAGGAGACGCCCUGCUGGAUUGAGGUGCAUCUGCAUCGCGCUCUUCAGCUUCUGGACGAAGUGCUCCACGCCAUGCCCAUCGAUGGUCCACGUGCCUCGGCCUAAUCCGUAUUUAUUUUCGGCCCACAUCUAUGUUAAGGACUCAAUUAAAACAGCAGCUAUCCGGCAGCUAUUGGCAGGUUUUCGGUUUUUCAUUUGCAAUUCUGUUUACGAUUAUGUUUGCCUUUGAUUAUUCAAUAAUGAUUUUUAUAAAAAAUUGAAACAAGUUAGCAGUCUUAAGUAUGCAGCUGUAAAGCACUAAGCAUCUAGUUUUAUGUACUGUAUUUAGAUAUAUCCACUCGCAACUCCGGAGAUAAUUGACAAGCGGGAAGUCUUCGUUGCCCAUUUCCUGCCACACAAAUCACGACAAGAAGCAUACACAGCAUUACAAUCAUCCAAGCCACACGGCGAAACAAAAUAAACAUUGAUGCACCCAUAAAUACAUACAUAUGAUGUAAAAUGCAACAUAAAUAAGGCAAGCGAAACAAGUCGUUUUAUCAUAAGUGUAAUAAACAGAGAAAAAAUAAUAUGAAA